UUCAUAAAUCUCGACUCCUAUCUCUCUUUUAUUUCGGUGCCGUCGGAGUUGUCCCCAGCAACCAACAACAGUGGUUUCAAUCGAAGUUUUGAGGGAAUCGAUGGAGGAAGAACCUAAGAAUGGAAGCGCGAAAGAAUUAGCGGUGGUGGAGGAGGAAGAGCCGAUGGUGGGGCCAGGACCUGCUCCACGCGUCAAGCGCAAGCGUCCGCUUCAGUUCGAACAAGCGUAUCUCGAUUCGCUUCCUUGUGCUAAUAUGUAUGAGAAAAGUUACAUGCAUAGGGAUGUAGUUACACAUGUUGCUGUCUCCGCUGCUGAUUUCUUUAUUACUGGAAGCAUCGAUGGCCACUUGAAGUUUUGGAAGAAAAAGGGUGUUGGCAUCGAGUUCGCUAAGCAUUUCCGCUCCCAUCUAGGUCCUAUUGAAGGUCUAGCGGUUAGCGUUGAUGGUUUGCUUUGCUGUACCAUCUCAAAUGACGAUCAUGCUGUUAAGAUUUAUGAUGUUGUCAACUACGACAUGAUGGCCAUGAUCCGCUUGCCCUAUAUCCCCGGUGCUGUUGAGUGGGUCUACACACAUGCGGAUGUCAAAGCCAAACUUGCUGUUAGUGACCGAAACUCUUCCUUUGUGCACAUUUAUGAUCCCCGCUCUGGUUCCAAUGAACCCAUUGCUUCUAAACAGAUACAUUCGUAUCCUAUUAAGGUCAUGAAGUACAAUCCUGUUUCUGACACAGUGAUAUCUGGUGACACAAAAGGAAUCAUUGAGUACUGGAGUCCAGCUACGCUACAGUUUCCUGAGGAUGAGGUAGACUUCAAACUAAAGAGUGACACAAAUCUAUUUGAGAUUAUAAAGUGUAAAACUACAAUCUCUGCCAUUGAGGUGAGUCCGGACGGUAGACAGUUUUCCGUUACAUCUCCUGAUCGUAGGAUUCGCGUAUUUUGGUUUAAAACUGGUAAACUAAGGCGGGUAUAUGACGAGUCUCUUGAGGUGGCCCAAGAUCUACAGAGGAGCGAUGCUCCAUUGUACAGGCUUGAAGCAAUUGACUUUGGUAGAAGAAUGGCUGUUGAGAAGGAACUUGAAAAAACCGAGAGCGCUCCUCAGCCCAAUGCAGUUUUCGAUGAAAGCUCCAAUUUCCUUAUAUUUGCCACUCUUCUUGGAAUCAAAAUAGUAAAUUUACAAACCAAUACAGUUGCAAGGAUCCUUGGAAAGGUGGAGAGCAAUGAAAGGUAUCUGAGAGUUGCACUAUAUCAAGGUGAUCAAGGCGGGAAGAAAGUUAGAAAGAUUCCAGCAGCCGCAGCAAAUGUAAAUGAAAGCAAGGAGCCUUUAACUGAUCCAACUAUCUUAUGUUGCGCCUUCAAGAAACACAGGAUUUAUAUGUUCAGUCGGAGAGAGCCAGAAGAACCUGAAGAUGCAAGCCAAGGAAGGGAUGUGUUCAACGAGAAGCCUUCUGCUGAUGAACUUAUGUCUGUCUCAGAUAUUGGAAACUCAUCCACAACGUCUCUCCCAGAGAACGUGAUCAUGCAUACUACUAUGGGGGAUAUGCACAUAAAGCUUUACCCAGAAGAAUGUCCCAAAACAGUGGAGAACUUCACAACACACUGUAGAAAUGGCUAUUACGACAACCACCUUUUCCACCGAGUUAUCAAAGGAUUCAUGGUACAAACUGGAGAUCCUCUUGGGGAUGGCACUGGAGGACAGUCAAUUUGGGGAAGAGAAUUUGAGGACGAGUUUCACAAAAGUCUUCGGCAUGACAGGCCGUUCACAGUGUCCAUGGCUAACGCUGGUCAAAACACAAACGGGUCGCAGUUCUUUAUUACAACAGUAGCUACACCGUGGCUAGACAAUAAGCAUACAGUUUUUGGCAGAGUUGUGAAGGGAAUGGAUGUCGUACAGGGUAUAGAGAAAGUGAAGACAGAUAAAAACGACAGGCCUUACCAAGAUGUUAAGAUACUUAAUGUCACUGUUCCUAAAUCUUAGCAUCUCCACUCUUUUCUCAAAGAUAAUCAAGAAACUCUAGGGUCUCGCUGUUGAAUCUGAACUUUGGUCGUUGAUUGUUCAAACUGUGGGAUGUGUGUUGUGGCCGAGCACGUGACUUGGUGGUACAAUCUUCUUGAUACUGUUUAACACCAUCUUUAAUUUUGUUAUGCAAGUACUUGGUGUUGGUGCUCGGUUUCAUUUUCUUGUAUUGUACUUCUACUUUAUCAAAGUUCUAUGAUUGGACCAGAUUUUCGGUA